AUGCAACUAUCUACUCUGGUCGGCAGUAUCAUAGUUGGCCUCAGUGCAACUGCUCAUGGAGCAUCCCUGACUACCGUUACCGGAUGGGGCUCAAACCCCGCAGGAAUCCAAAUGAACAUUUACGUCCCGGAUACAUUACCAGCUAAGCCUGCUAUUAUCCUUGGUCUUCACCAAUGCGGAGGCAGUGGCCAACAAUUCUACGGUGUAACCAGUCUCCCCUAUUGGGCCAACCGAUACGGCUACAUUCUAAUCUUCCCCUCCAGCAAUGGCUACUGUUGGGACAACCACAGUCCUCAAAGUCUUACUCGCAAUGGGGGAGGAGACACCCAAAGUCUUGCCCAACAGGUUCAAUAUGCUCUUUCAACUUACAACGGGGAUCCAAAUCGAGUCUAUGUUUUCGGAUGGUCCUCCGGCGGAAUUAUGGUAAAUAAUCUUGCGGCUACUUAUCCAGAUCUCUUCGAAGCCGGUGCGGCAUACGGUGGCACCCCUGCUGGAUGUUUUGCCGGAGCUGGAGCUUCUACGCAGUUCCAACCUACGACUAAUAAUACAUGUGCAAGCGGGGGUAUCAUCAAGACUCCACAAGAGUGGGGUGAUUUUGCGAGGAAUGCUUAUCCUGGAGGAUAUACUGGCCGCCGUCCACGACUUCAGAUUACGAACGGUGGUUUAGAUACUAUUAUCAAUCCUCAGAAUUACCAGGAGCAGCUGAAGCAGUGGAGUAAUGUACUCGGACUUAGUUUGACAGCCACGAAUACCAAUCAGCCGGGGCAGGGGUAUACGGAAAGUAUCUAUGGUACUGGGAAUAAGCUUGUUGGAUAUCUGAUCGCUGGAGUCGACCAUUUGACUCCGUUCUGGGAAAGCAGGUUGCUGGCUUUCUUUGGAAUCCCAUAG